AUGGGAGCAGGCAUAGCGGUGAUGUUCAAGAAGAAAUUUGGUCGAGUCUCAGAGUUAAAGGAGCAGAAGAAGCUGCCGGGGCAGUGUGCUGUCCUGACACAUGAUCAACGUUUCAUCUACGUUCAAAUCACAAAGAAAAAAGGCAACCAGAAACCCAUGUUUGUCAACCUCAGACAGAGUCUGGAAGACAUGAAAUCUCACUGCUUACAAAAUGGUGUCAGUAGGAUAUCAAUACCCCUAAUUGGAUGUGGCCUGGACCAGCUGUAA